GAGAGAGAGUGCACGAGAAGACGACCGCCGUGUUAAAUUGAGAUAUUUUACACACAGCUGAAAGGAGGACUGCCAUCGAAUGGGCUGAGAUGACUUGCGGGGAUAAACGUUUUAAAAAUGACAGAUGCUGUGAUCUCUGCCCUGCAGGGCACUAUGUGCAAGCUGAUUGCGACAGCGGGAAGAACACCACAUGUGGUGAAUGUAAACGUGGGUACUACACAGCGACCAGAAAUUACUUGAGUGUAUGUCAAUUGUGCAAGGAAUGCAGUCCCAAUAACAACCAGAUGAAAUUGAGGGAUUGUACAGCUAAGGAGGACACAGUGUGUGAGUGUGUGAAAGGUUUCUACUGUGAUAAUGCUGACUGUGAGCACUGCCUGUCUGUGACCCACUGCGUUGCGGGCUCAGGGGUCAAGGUUCCAGCCAAUCGAACAAGUGAUACGAAUUGUGCUCCGUGUGAAAGUGGGACCUACAGCAAUGUAACAGACUACAUCUCACCCUGUCAAGCACACACCAGAUGUGAGGACUUGGGGAGAGUGUUGAAAAUUCCCGGCACCUCAACAGCUGAUGCCAUCUGUGGUGGCUUCAAAUCCCAUUGCCACUGGAUAUUACCUGCAAGCCUGUGGGUAGGCUUCGUGUUGACCACGCUCAUUGUGUUUUGUCUCAUUUACUUGAAGACAAGAUGCAAAUCCCACAGAGGAGUUGUGAGAGCCAGCUCCAGUGUUCCUGUUACUCUGGUGGAGAUGGUCACAGCAACCCCUAUCUGUCCACUGGAGCUGCCUUUAAGGGCCACGGAGCUGAACGGUCACUGCCAAGAAAGCUGUGCAGUGGAGGACUACAAGUUACCACUUUUUAGCUCAGAUGAUAUUGAGGUUUCCUGCAGCACACAAGACAGCAUAUGCAACAGCCUUCCCAUAACACCACUCAAGGCUUCAGUUUCCUUCGCUGGGUCCAAUCACACCAAUGGAAGUCCUGGACACUGCACCAGCAACUACACCAGGACCCACUCAGAGCCGCAGGAGGACGAGUGGUGUGGAACAUAACAUGAGUGCAUUUUGUUGUAGCAAUAUAUUUAUGAUGCUCAGUGGAUCCCUGGACCCCAACCCCCACUUUUUUUGUACAAUUUUAACAUGUACCCAUUUAUGUCGAAAGCAUAUUUGACUUCUGACAGAGUUGAAGGUAGCUGAUGGUUUACUGCCCCCUGCAGGACAUUAAUGAGAAACUCAGCUCAAGUGAUGUGACCGUUACUGUGUCUUCACAAUCGAGCUACCAGCUACAAACCCCGAUAUCAGGUUAUUGAUGACAAUAUUUAUCAUAUUUACAGACAUCCUAAGUGCUUAAAGAAAAUACCAGUGCAGCUCUUUACUUAAGUUAUUCUCAUUGAUGUGAAAUAGUCUUCAUUGCUUCAGUGAAGACAACAGUCAGUGGUCUUUAGCCACAGCUCAGUGAUGUCUCCAUUAAAGGAGAAGUCUUGUGAUAUUUUGUAUUUUUCUUACUGUCAAUAAAUCCCAUAUUAUCUGUGUAUCUAAACCCUGAUGUAGCUUAUUCCUCUGUGCCAUAGAGCUCCACUGUUGUCCAAACACCAUUGACAACACAUCAAUGACCCCAUACUGUUGCACUGGGUUACUUGAGAACCGUAUCUUACACCCUCUCCUGCUGUAAAUGUGUAUUACUCCGCAGCAGAAAAUAGUCCCCAACAAAUGUACCAUUUACUCUUGUUUGGGUAACUGCUAAUUUUUAGCUGAGUUUUAGCUAAUUUGCUAAAACCUACAAUGCCCAGCUGUUUUAGGAUAGCACUGAGCUUUUUUUAGCCAUGCCAUUUAUUACACACAUUCAUGUUUGUGACGUGUGCAUCUUCAAUAGGGACCAGUUAUAGAGCUGUUGGUUUUGGGUUUUUUCAUAGGACUUGUUGACAGUAAGAGAAGUAUAAAAUCAUUAAAAUUUCAUUAAACUA